AUGAACAACGGGUGCAUCUGCUGCACCGUGCGCGGUGACCUCAUCGCGGGCCUCAAGAAGCUCAUCAAGAAUUCGCAGAAGUCUGGAAAGGUCCUCGACGGAGUGCUGAUCGAAACCACGGGCUUGGCGGACCCCGCGCCGGUAGCGCAGACCUUCUUCGCGGACGACUACGUGCAGCAGCACAUGCGCUUGGACGGCAUCCUGACGCUCGUAGAUGCAGCGCACAUCAUCCAGCACCUCGACGACGAGAAGCCCGAGGGUGUGGAGAACGAGGCCGUGGAGCAGAUCGCGUUCGCGGACCGCAUCCUGCUGAACAAGUGCGACCUGGUGGACGGCGAGGAGCAGCUGGCGGAGGUGGAGGCGCGGAUCCGCGCCAUCAACAAGACGGUGCCCAUCAAGCGGGUCACGAACAGCGAGGUGGAGAUGGAGUUCAUCCUGGGCAUCCGCGGCUUCUCCCUUGACAAGAUCAUCGAGAUGGACGACGCGUUCUUGGAGGACAGCCACGACCACCAGCACGAUAACCGCGUCUCGUCCGUCGGCAUCGACGUCCCUGGCGAGGUGGUUCAGCAGAAGCUGAACCAGUGGAUCUCGUGGCUGCUCAAGGAGAAGGGCGUUGACCUGUUCCGCUCCAAGGGCGUGCUGGCGGUGAAGGGCAUGAAGGAGAAAUUCGUGUUCCAGGCUAUCCACAUGCUCUUCGCGAACUCGCAGGAGGGCGAGUGGGGCCCAGACGAGGAGAGGAGAUGCAAGAUGAUCUUCAUCGGCAAGAACAUGGACAGGGAGGAGCUCACGAGUGGCUUUAUGGCGUGCAUGGCGAAAUGA